ACGCGAAGAAAACAUCACAGGAGAUCCACACAAACUCUAACAGUCUCCAUCCCUAAUUCGUCAUCGAAAAAGCCUUCCUGUUCCUAGGAACUAGUGGCGUCGCUGGCUGGCCAUGGCCUCGGACCUUGUCAUCUUCCUCCUCUUCCUCGCCGUCGUCGUCGGCUCGCUAUGCGAGACGGCAAUCGGUCAUCACAACCUGAACCUCCCGUAUCAGCCGUCGUGCUCGACCACCGGCAACUACACCGGCGACAGCCAGUACAAGAAGAACCUCGACCAGCUGUUCACCAGCCUCUCCGGCGGCGCCAUCGCCGGGGACUGGUUCAACACCAGCUCGGUCGGGACGGGCGCCGACCAGGUGUUCGGCCUCAUCAUGUGCUACGCCGACAGCAACGCGACGGAGUGCCAGAAAUGCCUCGCCAUGGCGCCCGCUGUGGUCCAGCAUCCGUGCCGCGGAAGCCGGUCGGUGAACGCCAACUACGACGCCUGCCUCCUCCGCUACUCCGACGAGCCCUUCUUCUCCGAGCUCACCACCUAUGGCGGCAACACCAACGUUUCCUUGGACGUCGACGACACGAACCUCUACGUCGAGAAUAUGACCGCCAUGAACGACACGCGGUGGCAGCUGAUGAGCCAGCUCGCCGAGAGGGCCGGCGACACCAAGCUCAGGCUGGACAACGGCAGCUUGCCGUACGUCGACUCGAAGCUCGGCACGUCGGCGUUGUACGGGCUGGCGCAGUGCACGAGGGACCUGGCGGCGAGCGAGUGCCGGAGGUGCCUGAGCGGCUAUGUCAAUGACCUCAGCAACACCUUCCCCAACAACAGCGGCGGCGCCAUUAAGGGGUACAGCUGCUACCUCAGGUACCAGCUUUGGCCGAUAGACAUCACGCUGCCCCCGCCGCCGUCGCCGCCUCCGGCACCGCCUGCACCUCCUCCUCCCUCGGUGUCGAUAGGACUCGUGGCCGGAUUGACCGUCGGCGCCGUCUCGUUCGUGGUGGUUCUUGGUGUCUCAAUCUGGCUCCUCUUGCACCGCCGGCGGAAGCACGCCGGCCUAACGAUGGAGCAGGAGAUGGACGAGGGUGACUUCUUCGACGAUGAGGCCGGUGACUUUGAGAAGGGGACUGGACCCAAACGGUUCCGCUACGGCGAGCUCGCCAUCGCCACCGACGACUUCUCCGACGAGCACAAGCUCGGGGAAGGCGGUUUCGGGUCAGUUUACAGAGGGUUCUUGAAAGAAUUGAACCUUGACGUCGCCAUUAAAAGAGUGUCCAAGAGCUCAAAGCAGGGGAGGAAGGAGUACGCGUCGGAGGUGCAGAUCAUCAGCCGCCUCCGCCACCGCAACCUGGUGCAGCUCAUCGGCUGGUGCCAUGGCGGCGGCGAGCUCCUCCUCGUCUACGAGCUCAUGCCCAAUGCCAGCCUCGACACCCACCUAUACAACCAUAGCGCCAACGCGCUCCCAUGGCCACUCAGGCACGAGAUCGUGCUCGGGAUCGGCUCGGCGUUGCUGUACCUGCACGAGGGGUGGGAGCAGUGUGUGGUGCACCGCGACAUCAAGCCGAGCAACAUCAUGCUUGACGCCGCCUUCAACGCCAAGCUUGGCGACUUCGGCCUCGCGAGGCUCGUCGACCAUGGCCGGGGCUCCCACACCACGGUGAUCGCCGGCACGAUGGGGUACAUGGAUCCGGAGUGCAUGAUCACCGGUAGGGCCAACACUGAGUCCGACAUAUACAGCUUCGGUAUCGUCCUCCUCGAGAUUGCCUGCGGCCGACCGCCGGUAAUGGCACCGGAACACCAAGCUGAGAAAGGACAAGACAUGAUCCACCUUGUUCAAUGGGUCUGGGAUCUGUACGGCAAGGGGAGAAUUCUUGACGCCGCCGAUCACCGGCUCGAUGGCGAGUUCAACGGCGGGGAGAUGGAGCGUGUCAUGAUCGUCGGGCUCUGGUGCGCGCACCCUGACAGGAGCGUGAGGCCGGUGAUCAGGCAGGCCGUCAGCGUGCUGCGAGGUGAGGCGCCGCCGCCGAGCCUCCCGGCGAGGAUGCCGGUGGCGACGUUCCUGCCACCGAUUGAUGCUUUCGGCUACACAUCUUCGGCUGUAACAGGGAGCAGCACCAGCAGCGGCAACAUAGGCGUUCCUAACACUCAGACAUCGUCCUUGCUAAGAUGACAUAUUUGACAUCUCAGCAAUGCAUUUUGUGUAUAAGAUCAACUGCACAUUGGAUUAAUUUUUUUAUUAAUUUUUUUAGUGUAUCUUUGGUUGGAUGUGGGCCGUUGAAGAUAUGGGAUCUAAGGGUGAAAAUUCGUUGCUACUACACCUCUAUACUAGGUGUAGUAGCUAGUGUAGUAGAAGGGUAGUUAUGAAAAGAAUUAAUAUUUCUUGUAUAAUUAUUAAUUUUUUUUCCUAUCAUUUGA